UCAACAAAGAAAAAAAAAAAUACUACAUUCGACUACCUCGACUACUUCACCUUGCUGUCGCUCGGCGGUAUUUUAGUAUCGUUAGCUUGAGAGCCUAUUUGCUGUCGUGGCACUUGAAUCUCCUUCAUCGCCUUCACGGUCUAGCAAAAACCUACGAGUGGCUGCUCCACGUCUCAAGCACCGAGCUGAGAGAGGAGACUAGGUAUAGUUUAUGAAAAAAAAAAUGAAGUUUAUUUACUUCAAUACCUACGUAGGUACUAGUUUAUUCCAUCACUUCUGCCCAGCUAAGGUAGUUGAGCAGUUAUGUUAUGCCAUGCAUGCGGGCGAGCAGCAUCGAAACGUGGUGUUUCUCCUCCACGCAUGUCGUGCCACCCCAGCAAUUUUUUUUUCUUGGGGGGGCGUGUGGUCCUGAGCUACGUCGGAUCGCCUCGUCUCCAAGGUGGAAGAGGGGAGAAAGUUUGCUAGUUAGCAGGAAAGAGGCGAAUGAUGCGGAGGCAAGGCCUGCUGUGUCACUGGAAAGCUGGACUUCCUUAUUAUAUCCAGAGCAAUGCGAUGCGAUGCGUGCUGGGCAGGCGGUUGGCAAUGGACGCGAAGCGCGAAACGCGGCAUUUUCAUCUAUCGCGCGUCAUAAGGGAACCCCCCCUCCUCCCCCUUAUUCGGCCCAUUGCUCUGAAGCUGCAGCUGCUUUGACGUAUGUGGGCGAGUCGAUCGAAUUGUCAGUUCUACCCGUCUUCCAGUCAACGGCGACGAUGGCGGUGCGUAAAGACACCGGUCUGUAAUAAUUAUUACUGCACGUCUUCCUUCGCAGAUGUGGCAUACCUACAUCAUACCUAAGCGAACAGAACAGCUGCAAGUCAUAUCUAGCUGCAAAUCCUGGCAUUCUUCCCCCUUCUUUUUUUUCAAUCCCCUAUCU